CCUGUCUGAAUAUUGCUCAAGGCAAAGCAAGGUGCCUGUUGGGAGAGACUUUUAAACACUGCAGCACCUGUGGCUGAACAGCUCCAGAAGGGAUCUGCAGCACAACAGAGUCAGGCUUCGUUCUGCAAACACAGGCAAGUAUAGCCACUGUUAUGGGAAAUACACAGUUUACUCCAAAAGAGCCUGAAGACCGAGAUCCUGCUACUAAAACAACAUAUUCACAGGUUUCCUCUGAACCUCCUGAAAGCCUUCAGAAUGGACCUGUUAUCCUCCAACCGGUACAGACGGAGCUUUCUGCAAACAGUGACACAGUGGAUGCAAGAGUGAGUGUUGGCCUGGACAAUGCAGCUGUUUCUUCCCAGAAAACAAUGGAGAUAAGCUCCAACUCUGAGGCCAGUGGAAAUAAUCUCGGGAAAGAAGCCAAAUCUAUUCCACCAGCUGCCAAAACUCGUUUUGCCUUUGCAUUUUCACGGUCUGUACCAGGACGUACUGAAGCGCAGGCGACAAAUUCAUCCCUUGGAUCAGCUCAACUUGAUGUCAGCUCAGAGGCGGCUCAAGCAAACAAAGCGUCGAGUGAAAACGGGGAGCUUUUGGACGCAGCUGCCACAGAGAAAGCUUCUGAUAAAAACCUAAGUGAAGCAUCUCAUAGUGAAAUUGAACUCUCAGCACCAGCUAAAGAGGAGGAUGCCCCUUUACCGAAGUCCAAAGAGUUAACUUUUUUGGACAGGCUCUUCAAAUUGGAAAAAGGAAGACCGAAGAGCAGGCGACAGGAGCAAAAUCAACAGGAGGUGACCGACAGCUGUCCAGGUGUAGACAUCUCCUCAGAAGAACCUGCAGGAUUAAAAAGCAUCUCGGAUCAUGAAUCACAGGGAAAGGAUUUAGUGGAUGAACGCAACCAAACCCCUCUGCAACAGGAUAUAGCAGUUUCCAAUUGCUUGGCCCCUGAGGAUCUUGCCCAAGAAGAGAGAAAAACAGAGAACACAAAUACAGCAACUAGGACAGAUAAUAACAUCAUGAGCUUCUUCAAAACACUGGUUUCACCAAGCAAAGCUGAUUCCAAAUGUGACAGAGAGGAUAAGGGGUCUCAAACGGGCCAUGGUGGACAGCUUGCUGAGAAGACGGCGACUGAUUCCCUUGUCAAAAGCACCAAGAAAAAGAAGCCAGACAGCCCCCGAAUAGGACAUAGUACAUUUAGCAAACUGUUUAGACAUAAGGCAAAAAAAGAUGUUCCACAGACAGCAAAUACCAAGCCAACCGAACAGCCUGUCCCCAUUGUCCCUGAUACAAAACCGGAAACAAAUGUGCCUCCAGCUCAGGAUACUCCAGUAGUGAAGCCAACUGUAAAACCUCCAGAAGCUCCAGUACAACAACCAGCCCCAGCAGUUGUGGUUGUCACCAAUGAAGCUCCUAAGGAGAUAACCAAGGAAAGAUCUUCUUCUACUCCCACACCCCUAAGUAAAUUCUUUUGGAAAAAGACCCCUACAGAUGAUAUAGAGGUGAUAAACACUGAGAGAAUUGAAGCAUCUCCAGAAGUGCCAGUGAAAGAUGAAAGAAGAAGCCAGGAAGUUGCAGAAACCAAAUCCAAAGGAGAGGAGAGACCUACCAAAACAAAUCUGAGAAAAUUCUUUAAACUGUCAGUCAGGAGUGACACAGUGGUAACUCCUCCUGAAAUUAAUGGGUCAGCACCUGAUCACCAAACCCUGGACUUCCCAGACAGACCUUUGACCCGGGCUGAGACUCGAGACUCUGCAAGCAAAGGGAGCCACAAGAAUUCAACAGACAACCUAACCAAGUCGCAAGAGAUCCCCCAGAAAACCAAGGAUCCACAAGAGUCCGGACAAGAAGAAGCAGCCGAGACAGACUCCCUUCAGAAUGGAGAGGAUGCAGUGCAACAAAGCCCUCUCAAGCGAAUGGAGAAGCGACAGACCCUCGGAGGGUUUUUCAAAGGCCUUAGUCCCAAACGGAUGUCAGAUGCUGGGGUACAAACAGAUCCUGUGUCUAUCGUGUCUAUCGUGAAACCCAAAUAAUUAACAACUGGAAGUCUCUGAAGAAUAACUGGAUCACCACUACUUUUCCUCCUUUCAGGACAGAAAGAAAAAAGAAAUGAUUGGUAUUGUUUAUCCCUCCUCUCCCCAGCUCUCCUUCCCUUCUUUUCGCGGCUGUAGCAAACUAGGGGCUGCUAUACAAGUCCAAGGUCCUUCCAAGUAAGAUGUUUUGUGGGUUGUCUGUUUCCACUACCAUCCACCCAGUACUUCUCCCACUGCCUUGCCCACCCUCACUGCAGUUCAGUCUGUUGAAUCACCACGUACAUCUUCCCUCCUGCUGCCAUGAUCAUGAUACCUUCCAUGGGAUGACCACGAGGUAGAUUGAUCUACUCAAUGUUCUCAUUGGUCAUGCAUUAAAAAUUACAGCAUCUGAUUGGUUUAGCUGCCUGACAUUCCUUUUUCUAACCCAGGGGUCGGCAAUCUUAAACACUCAAAGAGCCACAAAGGUCAUAACUGGAAUCCCCCCCCCCCGUUCAAUUCUGGAGCCUAUCGGAAGUCCGGUUCUCCCACCAUAGAGUCUCCUCCUAGUGCGGCAUCCUUUUUCCUCUACCUGUCCUAACCGAAAGCCCUAUAAAAUUGUAGAGCUGACCAGAAACAAGGAGCCGCAGCAGAAGGAUGAAAGAGCCACAUGCGGCUCCAGAGCCACAGGUUGCUGAUCCCUGUUCUAACCCAUAGCAAUACAAUGGAGUGGUAGGGGAACAGCCUGGGCUAAGAUCCAAAUUAAGCGCUAUCAAACCUACUUGCUACCCCGAAUGCUAAUAUAUGCUUUGAGAGACUACCAAUUGUGGAACAUAUUCUCCUAAAGGUUAAAAAAAAUAACAAAAGCUUACAAGGGCACUAAGAUUUAAAGGGAGUUCAGCAUUCAGGACAUCUGGUAGAUUUAUCAAAACCCAAAAGCAGAUAGACAUUACCAGUAUGGGGGAAUGGGUUAAGAUUGUUUCAUUCUUCUUUCUGAAUCCAAAAACAAAACAAAACCAACUUUAGAAAUAAAAAAAACCUGGAGAAAGCCUGCCUACAAAUUUAUAUGCAUUAUGCAUUUCUAAUAUAUAUGUGUUUCUGUUCUGAGGUCAUAAUGGGUUCCAUUUAGACACUGAUAUUUCCUAUACUUUGCUGCAUUGUAUGCAAUUAUCUGUGCAUCUUUUCAGCUGCAAAUCAUGUCACAGGAUUGUGCAAAGUGUGGAUUGUGAUGCAGAAGAAGCAAAUCUAAAUUCACAAAUUAAGAUCAACAUAUAAGUCCCAGUAAACGUAGUUUCAUGAUCUCUGAUUGCUGAAAAUUAUUUGCAAUUACUCUGAGCUGCAGCUAAAUCAAUCAUUUAAGAACCAGUUUGAAUGAAUUCUGAAAGUGUCCUCUUAGUCAAAUUAGAAUAUCAAUCUUGGAUCAUCUGUCUUAGUUUGCCAGUUAUACAGAGAACACCAUUUGCAUUAAUAUGCUUGCAAUUUGCUUAUUUUCCAGUAAUUUGCAUAAUGUAAAUUCAGUUUUCUUAUUCUCUGAGAACACGAUUGGAUAUAGAAACAUGAAGAAAAUUAAUGGGUAACAGCUGUUAGUGUUGUACUAACUAAUGCCAUUUGAAUUGAUCUAGAACAAACAGGGGCAUCUGUACAGUAGUGGCCAAAAUUGUGGAAACCUUUUGGGAAAGGUGUAUUUUCUAAAACUAGCUAAUAACACCACUUUUUUUGGGGGGGAGUAGUACCAUAAAAUUAUAUAUUAAUGGAAAGAUAAUUUGAUCAAGAAUGUAUUGCAAUAACUUUUCUGAAGGAUUUGCUAUUAGAAUAGCAGUUACAGUAUAAAGAAGAAAAGUGAAACACGUAGAAAAAACGAGAUAUACAAAAAUUAUCACGUAAGUUAAUACUUAGUUGGGUAACCUUUAGCAUGAAUUACGGCCUUGCUUACAACCCAUGGAGUGAACCAAGUCUUUUGCAGCUGUUAUAAUGUGAAACCAAGAUUGAAUGACUGCUUCCAAUAACUGGGUUUUAUUGCUGGGUCGAUUCUGACGAAUAGAAUAGAAUAGAAUAGAAUUUAUUGGCCAAGUGUGAUUGGACACACAAGGAAUUUGUUUUGGUGCAUAUGCUCUCAGUGUACAUAAAAGAGAAAAAAAAGAAAAA